AUGCCCCGCAAAUUGCCAUGGCUCAGCGAGAAAUCCGACUCGAAGCCGGCUGAGGCAUCCGUCAAGAAGCGCCGCCUGCAAUCUCCCGACUCUCUAGACGAUCUCGAUGCUCCCGCUGCCAGCACUCCCCGACCCAAGGGAAAGGCUCGCGCCACUCGUACGCCGUCGUCUUCGCCCCCGCCGCAGCCCCCGAAGCAAGAAUUCAUGCAGGAGGGACUUGCGGCCGACGACGCAUGGAUGAUGGUCGAAGAUGAAUUCCUCGAUACAGCGAGAACAUUUACCCGACAUCUGCACCAUGCCGAAUAUCACCGCCUGAAGCGUGCGGCCCGCGAAAAGAAUGCAUCCGCUGCCCAGAACAUUGUUCGGCCCGUGGUAUCCCGUGGCAAAUUGAGUGUCGAGUCACAGAUGAAGCACGAAGCAAAAGCACGGGCAGAAAGACAAAUCGACGCUUUGCGCAGAAUUGAGGGAGGCAACAAAGGCAGAGACGAGCUCGAGGAGGAGGCUCCCUGGGCCCGAGAUCCACACCUUGGCGGCCUGAUGUCGGGCUCGCAGGACUCGUCAAGCCAGCUGGCAACGCUAGCCGGCAUCAAGUCGAAGACACGUGCUGCCGCCGGCUAUGCUGGUGCCGGGUCGAGACCGUCUUCGAGCAGACAUGAUGUCCCGAAACCUUCCAAAGGAAGCAGAUCCCGCUCUUCGCUCGAAGGAUUAGCGAAAGAAAUCAGACGUGCUGAGGCUAGCAGUGAUGAGGAUGAUUUGGACGCAUUCUCUUCCGGCAGGAAACGCAUAAGCAAAGAGUCUGUGCGGCGGUUGUCUGGUUCUUCCACCAAAGCUCGAGAACCUUCGAUGCUGCCACCGAAGCGUCCCAAGCAGUCGGGACAUCCUAGUCUACCACUAACGAAGCAGACAGUCUCUAGGUCUCAUGAUGCACUGGAUACGAUGAAGGAUGACAUUCCUGCAAAGAGUCCCAAGAAAAGCCCUGAGCAGCCUGCAAGACCGAGCGCGAGGAAGGACAAGGAGCAGAAGCAGAAAAGGUCGAUUUCAGCUGACGAGAUACCCACUUUCCUUUUACAGUAG